AUGAGUCCAAUAGAAGUUUUUCAGUAAAUGGUGAAAUCUGACACCUAGUAUCAUAUAUGAUUCAUAUUCGUAAGAUUUGUAAAUAAUUCAACAUUAAGUUCAUUUAAUACUUUCAAAUAAAGAUUAUCUAGUUUGGGAUUUAGUUCAAGGACUAACAGCAGUUUCGUAAAUGAAACAUUAAAUACUAUGACAACAAUAUAAGCUUCAAAUUUUAAUUAUUAGAGCAAUUAGACUUUAAGUAAAAUUGAUGAAUGGUAAAGAAGAUAAGACUAGAUGGUUGUAUAAAUGUCAUAAUAAAAAUAAAAGAAUUUGUAUAUUCCAAAUUAUCCACCAAAAUAAUCAUUUGAUUUAAGAUCAAGAUUUGAAUAACAUAAUGCUUAAUUUCUUUAAAUAAAUAUGUCUUUGGAUAAUAAAUUUCAAAGAUCUCCAUCAUUAAUUGCACAUAUGUUAGAUUCAUAAAUUAUGUCUGAUUUAAGUGAACAUCCAAUUAUCAAAUCUAAAACAAAAGAUGAUGAAUAGAAAAAGAAAUCAAAUCUUAAAACAUCAGCAUAAAAAACAGCUGAAAAAAAAUCUGUAAAAAUUGAAGAAAAGAGAAAAUCACAAUUAGAAACUAAUCCAGAAAAAAAACCAAGGGCAUCAAAAAGUGAGAGUAAAACUCCAAAAACACCUGAUGGAAAAUUAAAGAAAUAAAAAAGCAAUUCUAGUAUAUCAUCAUCAGCUUCACCAAAAAAAAAGAAUUCAAAACCUGGAGUAGAAUCAGUAGAUUCAUUUUUAAAAUAAUCAACAAAGAAAAAAAAGUGAG